AUGGAUGGACGGCCGGAGGUGAAGGCAGACCUGGCCUACCCAUCAGAGCUGUCGUUCGUCUUGGAGCCGAGCGAUGUGAUUGCCGUCCGGGAUCGGCCGCUGAUUCUCCACUGCCAGGUGAAAGGCGAGGCGCCCAUCCACAUCACCUGGUACCGCGAUGGGGUGGCCCUCUCCAACGACAGCCAUACCGCGCUUUCAGCCAACGGGUCUUUGCGCCUGGACAGCGUCCACCGGAGGCCUCGGGGAGGCUCUGCGAAAGAGGACACCACAAAUCCCAGCGCCGGAGAAUAUAGCUGCACCGCCCAGAACUGUUUUGGCGUGCUGGUCAGCCGCAAGGCUCGGAUCCAGAUUGCCACGUUAUCCAAGUUCCACAUGCACCCGGAAUCGAUGUCGGUCGAAGAGGGUGGCGUCGCCCGGUUCCAGUGUCUCAUCCAGGGUGUCCCGGAAGCCACCAUAACGUGGGAACACAAUCGGACGACACCGUUGACCGAGGAUUAUCGAUUUACCCUUCUGCCCGCUGGCAUUCUCCAGAUCACCGGCGUGAGACAAUCCGAUGUGGGAACCUAUCGUUGCGUGGCGAGAAACAUUGCCAACACUCGCUACAGCCAGGAGGCCGCGCUGAGCAUCAGCAGUGAGCACCAGGGGGUUGUGUCUGUGCCCAAGGUCUUUAAAGAGCCGGUCAUCUUGUCAGGACCCCAGAAUCUGACCAUUACGGUACACCAGACGGCUAUCCUCGAGUGUAUCGCUACGGGGAACCCUCGCCCUAUCGUGUCCUGGAGUCGUCUGGACGGGCGUUCCAUUGGCGUGGAAGGGAUUCAAGUGCUCGGAACCGGCAACCUCAUGAUCUCGGAUGUGUCGGUGAAGCACGCCGGGGUGUACGUCUGUGCCGCCAACCGUCCCGGCACUCGGGUGCGCCGCACAGCACAAGGCAUCCUCAUGGUUCAAGCACCGCCGGAGUUUGUGCAGUGGCCUCAGUCUCUUUCCAAAACGCUGGGCACCAGCGCCAUCUUCACCUGCGUGGCACAGGGGGUGCCCGAGCCUCACCUGGUCUGGCUGAAGAACGGGAAAGUCCUGGCCCCCGGCGACAACAUCAAGCUGACCCACAACAACAGCACCCUGAUGAUCCAGGGCAUCACCUCCGACGACGAGGCCAUCUACCAGUGUAUCGCGGAGAACAGCGCGGGCACCAACCAGGCCAGCGCCCGGCUGGCAGUGGCCCUCUCCAAGGAGCUGCCCAGUUCGCCAGAAGGGGUGCAAGCCGUCGCCCUCUCCACCACCUCCAUCCGGGUGUCCUGGCAGGAGCCGUCCCGGGAGGUCACCGAAUCCAUCAUCGGCUACGUUCUGCAUUUCCGGAAGGCAGGAGAGUCGGACAGCCACGAGCUGCAGGAGGCGGUGAGCAAAAAUACUUUCCACCACGUCUUCGGCAACCUUGAGCCCUUCACCACGUACUCCGUCUACCUGAAGGCUUAUUCCCCCCUGGGGGCCAGCCAAGACUCCCAGCCCAUCCUGGCCACCACGCUGGGCAGUGUCCCAGCUGCCUUGACCUUCUUCACCAAGAUCCUGAACAUCAGCUCCGUCCAGGUGUUUUGGGAGCCGCCCUCGACGCCCGGCGGGAUCGAAGGAUUCAAGCUGUACCUCCGGAAGCUGCCCAGCACCCACUACGAGGCGCCUCAGAUCUUGCCUGGCAUGGCCAACUCCUUCCUCUAUGGCAACCUGGAACCGGCGGCCAGCUACGAGAUCAGACUCGUGGCCUUCAACAGCCACGGGGACGGGAACAGCAGCCGGCGCUUCGUUUCCCUCCAGGACGACCCGGAGCAGUCUAUCCCACCUGCCCGAUCUUCUUUCUCCACAGAGGCCAACUCGGUUUGCCAAUGCAGGCAAGAUCGGGAUGCUUCCCUGGCUGGCAUCGUGGUGGGCGUUCACAUUGGCAUGGCGUGCAUUAUCUUCUGUGUCCUCUUCCUGAUGUUUGGCUACCGCAAGAGGUGA